AAUGAAGAGCUGCUUUUACGGUGGUGGAAAAACAAGAAACAAAAUGAAACCUUUCCGAAGUGUCAGUCUUUUUAAGAGCCUGCUUGCCAGUUGCUACUGUCAUGGUCAACUUCACAGCUGUCUUCUCCCUCCUGUUGCAAAGAAGUUAAGUUCUGUGGUGGGACUGCACAACUGUGGAUUUUGGAGGCCAAAAUCUUUGUUGGACACGGCUGGAUUCACGCUGUCUUUUAACAGUCGGCAUAGGAAAACACAUCAGGAGUCUCGAGCGUUGUGGAAGCAUGAGGCUGUGCAGAAGUAUCUGGAGACUCUGAGCAAAGAGUACGAACAGGUCAGUCGUCUGUUAAAUGCUGACUCAAUAAGUGACUUUGAGCAAAGAACCCUGAGGAAGAGAUGCGCCGAUCUGUCCCCCAUUGCAGCUGCAUUUCAAGAAAUCAAAGCGGCUGAAAAGGAAGUCGAGGAGUUAGAAGCAAUGUGCAGAGACCUAGACAGCAGAGAUGAGAAACAACUUCUAGAGCUUGCCCUGGAAGAGAAGGAAACCCUGGAUAAGAAAAUCAACAUGUUGUGUAGAAAGCUUUUCCAGCUUCUAGUGCCAAAGGAAAAAUACGAUAGAAGUCAUGUCAUAUUAGAAGUGACAGCUGGCAGAACAACUGGAGGAGACAUCUGCCAACAGUUCACUAAAGAAAUGUUUGAGAUGUACCAGAACUAUGCGGACUAUAAACGUUGGACCUUUGACAUCGUGAACUAUACGCCGGCUGAGAUAGGUGGGUUGCAUCACGCCGCUGCUCAUAUUUCGGGAGAUGAUGUCUACAGGCAUCUGAAAUAUGAAGGAGGGACUCAUCGAGUCCAGCGAAUCCCCGAGACGGGCCUGUCGUCCAGAAUGCAGCGGAUUCACACGGGGACAAUGUCAGUUAUUGUCCUCCCUCAGCCAGAGGAGGUUGAUGUUAAAGUGGACCCCAAAGACUUGCGCAUUGAUACCUUCAGGGCCAAAGGAGCUGGAGGGCAACACGUUAACAAAACCGAUAGCGCCGUGAGAAUUGUGCACCUUCCCACGGGCCUAGCAGUGGAGUGCCAGCAGGAGAGAUCCCAGCUUUUGAACAAGGAAAUAGCUCUGCGGACGCUGAGAGCUAAGCUGUACCAGCAGGUCAUUGAAAAGCAGCUAAAUCAAGAGCAGAGUGCCAGAAAACUGCAGUUGGGAACGAGAGCCCAGUCAGAGAGAAUUCGUACUUACAACUUCACCCAGGACAGAGUCACCGACCACAGGAUCUCGUAUGAUGCACGCAAUAUCAAGGAAAUUCUAAGUGGGAAAGAAGCUCUGGAUAAGCUGAUCAACAGACUGCUGGAGUUUGCAGAGAUAGAGGCUGCCACCGAAUAUCUAGAAAAUCUGCAGGCUUUAGAAGGAGGAGGCUGCUGAAGACCUUAGAGUUGUGGAGUUAAAAGAGUGGUGCCAGGAACCAGCUUCAUCUCUCUUCAGCUCCAUGUGGUUGAUGUGAAACGUAGUUCCCAGAUCUCUUUGGUUUCCCUGCCUUGGUCCGGCGUGGCAGCGUCCCAGCCAGCAGAGGAGGAAGCCAGACCAAAGCCGAGCCUGGAAGUCACCCUCUGCUUCCCCUCUGCACAGGAAGAACAGCCCUGGUACCUCACCUCCAUUGCUUCCACGUAAUCAUCAAUGGAACAUCUCAUCCUGGAACUGCAAAUGAAUUUAUCCACUUGAAGUAGCGAGCUGCUUGCUCUCCUCUAGCUAAAAGGAAGAAAUAACCAACCUUUGUUAGCAACUUCCUCCUCUACCGGAGCUGUUUGCCUGGACCCUCUUAGUUUUUUCUAGCUGUUUAGUACAGCUGAAGAGGUUUUUUUUUCACUUUCUGUUAAAAAAGUUGCCAAAAGAUCACCUGGACAAUAAGAUUUUUCUUCAGUAAAAGAAAAAUGUUGUGAAAUAAUUACAUGCAUUCCUCACCUUUUGAAAGUGUGUAUCUUUGAAGACUACUGGAUCACAAGCUGUUACCACCAGAAACUUUAUAUAUUCAGUGGCAUUCUGAGCGUCACUAAAAUGUAACGACAGCAAAUAUUACUGGAACUCUGGUGGGAAUAUGAAAAUUUAACAAUUCAUAGAAUCAUAGAGUGGUUUGGGUUGGAAGGGACCUCAAAAAUCAUCAAGUUCCAACCCCCUGCCCUGGGCAGGGACACCUCCCACUAGAGCAGGUUGCCCCAAGCCCCCUAAAGCCUGGUCUUAAACACUUUCACGGAUGGGGCAUCCUCAAGUUCUCUGGGCAACCUGUUCCAGUGUCUCACCACCCUCUUAGUAAAGAAUUUCUUCCUGAGAUCU